AUGCAAGUUAUAAUGGCUAAAGGACUUACUGAUAAAGAGCUGGAACAAAUUAUUGAGUCUGAUGAGUUCUGGGAGGAUUUCGACGUGAAUAAUACUGCAUCAUCGUCAUCUUCCACUUACGAAUACAAUGAAAAUACUAUUGAAAAGGAGGAUAAACGUGAUGCAUGCGAAAAACUUUUUACGUUUGGGGACCAGAGCGAUCAAGAAGAGGAAGACGAAGAGGAACUAAGUACCCACGAUACGGACAGUGAGCAGGAAUGGCAGCCUUCCGACGAACAAAGUGAAGACGAAGAACAUUCAGCUAGUACCAGUAAUGAAGAUGUGAAUUUAAACAGAAAGGAAGUUCCAAAAGCUUUGUAUGGAAAAGAUAGAACAAAAUGGUCUACUACUGCUCCAGUAAGAGGAAAGACUCUUGCAAAAAACAUCAUAAAAGUUUUGCCCGGUUUGAAAGGAAAUGCAGCACAACACAAACCUCAAUCUGCCUUACAAGCCUGGAAGUUGCUUCUGACAGAUGAAAUAUUUGGACAAAUUAUAACUCAUACUAAUACAAAAAUCAGAUCAGUUCAAAGUCAUUAUGGAAAGUUCAAGAAGAAGAGCAAUAGCAGGUCGGAAUUUCGGCCUUCAUUUAUUGGUGAAACUGACAAAACAGAAAUUGAGGCAUUUGUUGGUCUUCUAUACUUCCUUGGGUUAUACAAGUCAGGCCAUGAAGAUUUAAGGUCCCUUUGGGCUACUGAUGGAACGGGACGUGACAUAUUUAGAUGCACGAUGUCACUUGCUAGGUUCUCCUUUCUCUUAUGCUGCCUUCGAUUUGACGACGAACUAACACGAAAAGAAAGAAUGAAAAAUACCAAACUAGCCGCUUUAGGAAAUCUUUUUGAAGAAUUUAUCCAAAACUGUAAAGGAAACUACUCACCCGGGGAAUACUUGACCGUAGAUGAGAUAUACGUUGAUAGUAACCGGAUUGAUAAGUCAACAAUGGGGCGGAAACCGGUACUGACUGCUGAUCGAGAAAGAGAACUGUCUGGAAGAAUGAUCCGUUUGGCGGAGGUCGGCUACCCGUUAACAUCACAGACACUUCGAAGGUAUAUUUUUAGUAUGUCGCACUGGGAAAAAGAGCAAGAGAGGUUAUUGAAGCUAUGGGAAGAAGUAGGAGCAGAAGACUCUGAAAAUGAGCAACUAGAACAAGAAGCAGAAGAAAAUAAUGGUGAAAGCUCUACAAAUUCUGAUACAGAGCAAGAAAUAGAUGAGGAAGAUAUACUUCACCUGUCCGAGGCUACAACGUGCACAUCAAAUGAUAUAUACAUGGGAAAAGAUGGAGUUACAAAAUGGAGCAAAACUUGUGGAAAUUUAGCUGUGAAGACAAGAGCUGAAAACAUAAUUUCUCAUUUACCUGGAGUAAAAACAAAUUUCAAAAACAUCAAAGAGCCCUUGCAGAUUUGGAAAUGUUUUUUUACGGAACAAAUGCUCUCUGAUAUUGUAAAAUAUACCAAUGACAAGCUAAAUGAAAAAGCAAAAAACCAUAGUCGCCCUGAUACUCAACAUCUCACAAAACAUACAACAUUGGAAGAACUUCAAGCAUUUUUGGGACUUCUAUAUGUAGCUGGUGUUUUAAAGUCGGCAAGACAAAAUUUGGACGACCUAUGGUCUACUGAUGGUUUGGGAGUUGAUAUCUUCAGAAUGCCGAGAAAAUAUAAGCGGAAAAGUAGUAGACGGGAGUGGUCGAGUAUUGCAUUAAUAUCGGCCAUGCGUGAUGUAGAAGAGGGCACAUUAUCGUGCAAUGCUGCUGCUGGAACAUAUGUCAUUCCAGAACCGACCCUUCGGCGAUAUUUGAAGAAGAAAAUGGAAGGCGUCGACCUACCACAGCAUGCAGGCAGAUUCAAGAACACUUUUAAUACUGAACAAACACAAUUGUUUUUCCUUAACAUCGCCAUCUUACCCCCUGUUACCCUACCUCACGGCACAGAAGGAUACAGAUGA